AUCCAAUUCCACUAUCUGAUCCGAUCUGAUAAUCAUGCACAGUAGGAAAUAGAGGUUAGGAAGUUUAAAGGCGCAGAACAGAGUUUUAAGUGUUGUGUUGGGUCGUGUCGUGUUGAGAUCCGACACAAACAAAUAUAGAAGAUGACGAUGAGGGUUUCGGUUGUUGUAAGUGUUCUGUUGUUGAUCCAGUUUUGGCCUGGGGAAGCUGAGAAAUUUUCGGUGGAUGGAAAGGUUUUGAUUUUGGACGACUCCAACUUCGAUUCCGCCAUAGCUUCCUUUGAUCACAUCUUGGUUGACUUUUACGCUCCCUGGUGUGGUCACUGCAAGCGUCUUGCUCCCGAGUUAGAUGCAGCUGCGCCUGUACUUGCAACCUUGAACAAACCCAUUGUCAUUGCAAAAGUAGAUGCAGACAAACAUACCAGCCUUGCAAAAAAAUAUGAUGUUGAUGCAUAUCCAACCAUUUUGCUGUUUAAUCAUGGUGUCCCCACCGAAUACCGUGGACCAAGAAAGGCAGAUUUACUCGUUAGAUAUCUGAAGAAGUUUGCCGCUUCUGAUGUUUCUAUUCUGGAUUCAGAUUCUGCCGUGAAUACAUUCGUUGCAGAAGCUGGCACUUUUUUCCCCAUUUUUAUAGGUUUUGGUUUGAACAACACGGUAAUAGAAAAGUUUGGCAUAAAGUACAAGAAAAAUGCAUGGUUUUCUGUGGCAAAGGACUUUUCAGAGGAUCUCAUGGUAUUGUAUGACUUCGAUAAGAUUCCUGCAUUGGUUUCCCUGAAUCCACAGUACAAUGAGCGGAACACAUUCUAUGGACCCUUUGAAGAUGAAUUUUUGGAAGAUUUUGUUAAACAAAACCUGAUGCCUUUGGUUGUGCCGAUAUCCUACGAAACACUUAAGUUGGUGAAAGCAGAUGGUAGGAAAAUAGUUUUGACAAUUGUUGAGGAUGAAGAUGAAGAAAGAUCAAGAGAACUGACUAAGUUAUUAAAGGGUGCUGCAUCUGCUAAUCGUGACUUAGUAUUUGGUUAUGUUGGAGUCAAACAGAUGGACGAAUUUGCUGAAAAUUUUGAUAUUAGUACUAAACUACCAAAAAUGGUGGUUUGGGAUAAAAGUGAUGAUUACCUUUCAGUUGUUGAUUCAGAAAGCAUUGAGGGGGAGGAUCAGGCAACUCAAAUCACAAAAUUUCUGGAAGGAUACAGGGAAGGAAGAACCAUAAACAACACAUUCAGUGGACCUUCCUUAAUGCGAUUCAUUCAUCGGUCUUUUGACAUUAGAGUGGUAUACGUAGUUGUUUUUUUUGUGGCAUUACUGAUGCUUAUUCAGAGCUUCAGUAAAGGAGGUGAUGAGUACCGUGCUGUACCAAAUCAAGUUCAAGUUGAUGAUGCAAGCAGUUCUGUGUCAGAAGCUGAAAUCAAAGAGUAUAAACCAGGUGACAAGGAAGAUUAAAUUAGCAUGUAGAAUGAUAAUCAGUGCACGUGAUCAGGAGCAUUCUAGAAACUAGCGGCCUUUAGAAUUACCAUACCUAUUGGUAUGUGUAAAUAUUAUAAUUUGAGUGCGAAUCUCCAUAGUUUUUUUUUAGUACUGUUCAGACUCUUGCCUUUUUCUUUUACACCUUUUCACUGGCUAUUAACAUGAACCAAAAAGGCCUAUUUAUUAUAUUAAACAUGGCAAUGAUGUGUUAGCUUUAUUAUUA